AUGUAUAUAAGUGACGAUUCCAGGAGCAUCUCAGUCAUGGCAUCCAUACUCCUCAAUCACGGGACUAUACUUCUGCACGACGACAACGAUCACAUCACGCCGGUCAAGUCAGAUCUACUUGUUGUUGGAAACGAAAUCGCAGAGAUUCGACCACAGAUCAACGGGUUUGGCAAGGACACAGUUAUACUCGAUUGUACCGGGAAAGUGGUUUCGCCUGGUUUUAUCGACACCCAUCAUCACGUAUGGCAAACACAGCUAAAAGGUCGACAUGCGAAUGCUACUCUGUUGGAUUAUAUGCCGAGAGGAAACUCUACUGGCGCUCUUUACAAUGCUGAGGACGUCUUUUGGGGAGAACUCGCAGGGUGUUUGGAGGCUAUUGAUGGGGGAACUACGAUGCUUGUCGACCACGCACACAUCACUCAUGGCCCGCUUCAUGCUCCCAACGCGAUAUCUGCCACUGUCUCGUCUGGGAUUCGCUCUAUUUAUGGCUACUGCGACACCCCUAACGUGACUUCGUGGAAUCCGCUGACUUUUGCGGCCGCUACGCCUGACUAUUUUGACUCUCAGCUCGCUGACCUUGCCAAACAACAACCCUUCGGUGACGGUCGUGUUCAACUCGGUUUGGCCUUCGACAGCUUUUUCCUUCCCAAAGAAAUGGUCAUUGAAAGAUACAAAAGUGCUCGUUCACUCGGUAUCAAACUGGUCACCUCCCAUUAUGCCCGUGGCCCCGUUGUUGGGCAACACUCUGUCGUAGAGUUGCUCGAGGCAUAUGGACUGCUGGGUCCUGAUAUUCUCCUUUCGCAUGCAAGCAAUGCCACACCGAACGACGCUGCCCUCCUCGCAAGCGCCAAUGCGCAUGUCUCCACGACACCAGAAACAGAGCUUCAAGCAGCCCUUGGCUUUCCUGUUGCGUUCCGCGACGAUCUUCAUGGCGUCGCUUCCCUCGGUGUCGACUCUCACAGCAACAAUUCAGGCGAUAUGCUUACUCAAAUGAGACUUGCUCUGCAAGCUGCAAGAGGAGCUCGUAAUCAAUCAUUCGUUGAUGCUGGCAAGAAUCCCAACUUUGUUAAACACACCGUCGAGGCGGCAUUCAACUUGGGGACGAUCAAAGGUGCCCGAGCGGUUGGAAUGGAGGGUCAAAUCGGUAGUAUUGCUGUUGGAAAGCUCGCCGACCUCGUUGUAUUUGACGGAGAGUCCCCCGCAAUGGUCUGCGCGGCUGAGCAUGACCCAGUCGCUGCAAUUGUCAUGCAUGCCUCUAUUCGAGAUAUCGAAGCUGUGAUUGUGGACGGGAAAAUCAGGAAAAGCGGCGGCAAGCUUCUGGCCGUACAGGGUCCAACGGGGGGAAAUCUGGAGUGGAAAACCGUCGCUCAGAAGUUGAUGGAGAGUCGCACGAGGAUUGAGGCUGAGUAUCGUAAGAUCGACAUGAAAAGCGCUACAGCCCGCAUUAUGGAGGUCUUCCAAAUGAAGCCGGAAAACUUUGUCGAUUCCUUGUAA